AUGGACGGUGGUAUUACUAAAGAUGGUCUUUUCGCUGCCAACAACACUGUUGCGCCAAAGCAAAGCAGCAUUCUAUCCUUGUUCAGCUUGAAGGGCAGGACAGCGGUGAUUAGUGGAGGUCCUGCUGGUAUCGGUCUUGCGGUUGCAAAGACAUAUGCCGAGGCCGGCGCAAACAUCGCCAUCUGGUACAACAGCAAUGCUGUGGCCCACGAGCGUGCCGCCGAGAUCGAGCAGGAAUACGGUGUCAGCUGCAAGGCAUACAAAGUCAACGUGACAGACUUCGAAGACGUAAAGAAGGGCCUCACCCAAAGUGUCCAAGACCUGAACGGCCGCCUGGAUAUCUUUGUCGCCAACGCCGGUAUUCCAUGGACCCAAGGCAACAUGAUCGACGGAGAGCUUGACCACUACCGCAAGGUAGUGACAACAGACCUGGACGGCGUAUACUACUGCGCACGCGCAGCCGGCGAGAUUUGGAGGCGGCAGGCCGCAGAAGGAACCGACGUGAACGGCAACAAACUCGAGAACUACUCAUACGGAUCCUUCAUUGCAACUGCUUCAAUGUCAGGACACAUCGUCAACUUCCCUCAACUACAAUCAGCAUACAAUGCAGCAAAGGCCGCUGUACUACACUUGACAAAGUGUUUGGCUAUCGAAUGGGUCAAGAUUGCAAGGUGCAACUCUGUGUCUCCUGGCUACACUGCAACAGAACUUACGACUUUCGUGCCUGAAGAAACAAAAGCCAUCUGGAGGAGCAAGAUUCCCAUGGGUCGUGAGGGUGAGCCCCAUGAGAUGCGCGGUGCAUACCUGUACCUAGCUUCGGACGCAGCUUCCUACACAACCGGCACAGACAUCAUCGUCGACGGUGGUUACUGCUUGCCAUGA